AUGGCACUUGUGUUUGCUGGGGCAAACUUUUCACCGAUGCGGUGCGGUAUUGUAGGCCGCGAGAUGAGAGGUGACGAGAGCGCCGAUGAUUUAUACCUUCCAGUAGAGUUUUUGGAUGACACACAGACAGUUUCUUCCUCGCCGCGAAAGGAGGACGGGCCCUGCGAGACGCAUGUCACCGACUGUAUCUGCCCAGGGAGUAUUGUAUUCACACGCGUAGGAAUUACCCUGUCCCUUGUACUUACUCCCCAUAGAAAUCGUGUCAGUGAAGGGACGAAAAUCGACGACACGGUGCCACGAGAAGUGGUUGUUUUCAGUGACAUCAUUGAUGUGGUGACGGGGUUUUGCCGGUGGGUAUCUGCCUCAACGCAACAGACACUGUGGUACUCUUUGGAGCUGCUGGGCGGCGCACACUGUGUCAUCUUUAGGCCAGACGAAACACGCGUUGCACCACCUCACGUCGGAAAUGGCACUGGCGGGGAAAUGGCACUGGAGGGGACUCUUCCGCCGUGGGUGCGCCGCAUCACGGCCGCCACUGAACAAAACGUUGAAACGGUUCUCUGGUCAGGCAGUGAUGACGACACUGCCAUGGAGGUUAACGACACGCCACGCUCUACCUUUUCUUGGAGGAGGCUACAGGUGGUGGACACUAAUGGGCAAGUGGGAAGUUCUCAAGGUGUUUUAAAGAGAAACAUGGGAAUUGAUGCGGUAGAGUGGGAGAUGCAACGGCAAAACUGCUUUUAUGAUGCUUUUUCCGCGCACAUGUCUUUAUUGCGUGAAGAAACUAUGGCAUGGGAAGACAUCCUUUUGAAGUGGGCAUCACCACUUGUACGCAUGACAACAUCAUUAUUACCGGCAGCUAUAGCAGCGGAGAGUUUGGGUUCCGCCACCAUUGCGCAAACAUCGCUGAGUCUACGUGGCUUGACAGCAACGCAAGAUGAGUCACAAGUAAGUGGGGAAUAUGGAAUGGACAUCACAAAUGAAGUGAUGCAGCUGUUGGCAAAGGAAGAAAAGGUGGCACGGAUGAAGUUUGCAAAGUACACAGCAGCCGUGCGGAAAGGUGGCUGCGGAAACUAA